CGCUGUCAGUUAAUUCGUUGUUUGCCGUCGUAAUGGCUGGUGCUGCUUGCCGCCGCUGCUCGCAACAAUAAUUUUACAGUGCGGGUCUCCUACUUACACGGUACAGCAUUAAUCGAGUGUAGUUUGCUACUGUUUUGGAAGUGAAAAACGGCACUUUACUGCCAAUAUUGUGGAUCGUUUCUUGAUUUAACAACAAAAUUCCGUAUUUUUAAGUGAACAUCAAGCGAAGAAAGUAAAUUGUGUGUGCGCCCGUGUGUGUAUGCUAAAUUGAAGUAAAUUAUUUGUUAAUGUAGAAGGGAAAGGAAAACCAGAGUGCACAUAUGAAGGGCAAAAGCUAAAAAUCGCCCCCGGUGUGUGUGUGUGGUUUGUACGUGUGGGGUGUGGGUGGAGUGAGUGUGUAUGUGUGCUGUGGCGGCAAAGAGGCGACUCCCUGUAUCACAAUAAUGUCUGUAUGUGUGCGUAUGUAGGCAAUAUCUGAAGGCAAAGGAUCAUGAUAGCGAAUUGAUUCACUUGUUCGGAUCGUUUCUAUUAAAUUCUCACCGUUUGAUGAGUGCAUCAAUUCGGCCAGUAGUAGCAGCUAUAUUGUGCGCGCAUCGUAGAAGAAAAUAAUAAAGAAUAAACGGGUGAAAUCAAACGCGCGAGUGUCUGCAAAACGUGUGCGAGAAAAGUGCUACACAGCAAUCGUCGAUCCGUAGUAGUUUCUAGCUGUCCGUUUUUUUGUUUUGUUCACUUAAUCCGGCACGACGCGGUCGAAGACGUGGGGCAAGACGACGGCACUUUCGCACCCAUUCAGACCACAGCACGAUCGGUGGCGGCCAUCCGGUUCCGGCUGAUCGGGCGAAAAAAUGCAUCUGAAAUGUGGAUUACUGCUACUUUUUAUGCUGCUGCUCCUCAACGACAUCGAAAGUGGUUACGUAAGAGAAUCAAAAAAAGCACGUCCCCUCAACGAGUACAUAUCGCAUUACGAGAAGUUGAGCUACGAUCAUGAGCAUCUGCAUGCUAGUCACAGCCGGGCGAAACGAUCGGUCACCAAAGAUCAUUACGUACAUCUUAGCUUUAGCGCACACGAUCGAGAUUUUAACAUUAGACUUAAACGCGAUCUCAGCACAAUAAGUGAUAAGUUAGAGAUACAUACCGACAAGGGACCGGUGCAGGUCGAUUCGUCCCACAUCUAUCAUGGCGAGGUGAUUGACGAUCCGAACAGUUACGUGUUCGGUUCGAUUUUUGACGGUGUGUUCGAGGGCAAAGUGAUCACCUCCGAGGACGAGUACUAUGUGGAGCGGGCGAAGCACUACUUUCGCGAGUCGUCCGAUCCGGAAACGCACCCACUGCAUCACACCGGUGACGGUGAGCCACCGUUCCAUUCGGUGAUCUACAAGGACCAGCACGUGGACGAUCCUUACCGGCACCGGAGGAAAGGACACCCGUCCGGAUGUGGUGUGCAUGAUGAAGUUUCGGCGUGGAUGGAUCGGAUACAGAAUUCUGCCGUAGAAGAAACGGAGGAAGAGGACGAACGUCAAGAUGAAGAGGAAGAAGAAAAAGAAGGAGAAGAAGAAGUAGUCCAAGAAGAUAAGCAGAAGCGACAGUCCCAUAAUGAAAGUAGUGCCGGCGGCCAGCACCAGCAGCAGCAACAACCUUUAACAGCACCGACCAAGCAUAAAUCAAAUGCCAAAGCGAAGCGCCGUUCGGCUACGCUGGAGAAGGAUACGCGGCCCGACAUCGGCGCUAACGACAUUCCCAUCGAAACUGGAUACGAGUUUAAGUAUCCGUACGAAAAAUACUCCAAGGCGGCCAACUGGCGAGCGUCGGGCGAAAGCGUGACCGACUCCGAAUGGCACUGGAAGGCGCACGAGCGGGUCCGGCGAGCGGCCCGGCCGAAGGAAGACUAUCGGAACACGUGCUCGCUGUACAUUCAGUCCGAUCCACUGCUGUGGAGUCACAUCCGGGAUAGUAUCGUCGGGCAUCUCCAUCGGGCCCGUCGCAACGAGCUGGAGGAGAAAACGCGUGAAGAGAUACUGUCGCUGAUCAUACAUCACAUCACUGCCGUCAACUACAUUUAUCGCAAUACAAAGUUUGAUGGACGAAUAGAGCAUCGAAACAUUCGGUUUGAGGUCCAACGCUUGAAGAUAGACGACGACUCGUCGUGCGGGGAAAACCAUCACGAAGAAACAAAUCCACUCUGUCUGGAAAAUAUCGACGUAUCGAAUUUUCUGAAUCUACACUCGCUCGGCAAUCAUGAGGCGUUCUGCUUGGCGUAUGUGUUUACCUACAGAGAUUUUACCGGCGGUACGCUUGGGCUGGCCUGGGUUGCAUCGGCUUCCGGUGCUUCCGGCGGCAUUUGCGAAAAGUACAAGACGUACACCGAAACGGUCGGCGGUCUGUACCAGAGCACCAAGCGCUCGCUCAAUACGGGCAUCAUUACGUUCGUGAACUACAACACGCGCGUCCCGCCGAAGGUGUCUCAGCUGACGCUUGCUCACGAAAUCGGGCACAACUUUGGCUCACCGCAUGAUUAUCCGGCCGAGUGUCGCCCGGGCGGUAACAAUGGCAAUUACAUCAUGUUCGCCAGUGCAACGAGCGGCAUCCGGCUAAACAAUGGCAAGUUUUCGCCGUGCUCGGUGCGCAACAUUUCGAACGUGCUGGACGCGAUCGACGAGAACAAGAAGCGCAACUGCUUCCAGGCGUCGGAGGGCGCGUUCUGCGGCAACAAGAUCGUCGAGAUCGGCGAGGAGUGCGACUGUGGCUUCAACGAGGAGGAGUGCAUGGACAAGUGCUGCUAUCCGCGGGAAAUGUCCGAAACGAUGCGCAUUGAGAACGUGACGGCGCAGAGCUGUGGCCGGCGGGCACGGACACAGUGCAGCCCGUCGCAGGGACCGUGCUGCGAUAGCAAUACCUGUCGCUUCAUACCGGCCGACGCGAGGGUAACGUGCAAGGAGGAGACGGAGUGUUCGUGGGGCUCCACCUGCAACGGUACGACGCCCGAGUGUCCGGAACCGAAGCCACGGGACGAUAAGACGAAGUGUAACAACGGUACACAACUCUGCAUCAAGGGCGAAUGUUCCGGCUCGAUUUGCCUGCUGUGGAACAUGACGGAGUGUUUCCUGACGUCCAAUAUCAUUCCGAACAUUGACAAGCGCAAACUGUGCGAGCUGGCCUGCCAGAAUGGCAACGACACCAAUUCGUGCCGGAGCACGAGCGAGUUCGCGCGCGAGUACGGGCUGCCGGACGGUGGUUACAGCUUGCGACCCGGUUCACCGUGCGAUAACUUCCAAGGUUACUGUGAUGUGUUUCUGAAAUGCCGUGCCGUGGACGCCGAGGGUGCCCUGGUGCGGCUGAAGAACCUGCUGUUCAACAAGCAGACGCUCCAAACGCUGGCGGAAUGGGCAACGGAGCACUGGUAUCUGGUGUGCAUGUUCGGCAUCGCCUUUAUCAUCACGAUGGGCAUCUUCAUCAAGUGCUGUGCGGUGCACACGCCCAGCUCUAAUCCGAAGAAGGCGGCCGCCUAUCGAAUUUCGGACACGCUGCGUCGCCCAAUGAACACGCUUCGAAUGAUGCGACGACACCAUCAUAACGGAGCCGGGCCGCGUAGUGUCCCUGUGCCGCGAGGCGAACGUUCCCGUAGUGCGGGCGAAAGAGGAGGAGGUGGUGGUGGAGGAGGAGGAGGUCGCGGUGGCGGCGAACGGAAUGGUGGCCGUGGUGUCGGAAACCGCACGCGCAGCGAUGUAGAUAUGCGAAAUGGUGGGCCACCAGCGGGACAUAAUUCUUCCUCAUCCGGCAACAGCCGCCCGUCAAACAGUUCGCGUCCGCCAGCACAUGGGUAUGGCGAAGGCCGUGGCCAACAAUACUACCCACCGAAAGCGCCACCAUCCCAGAACUAUAGCCGUAUGAGCAAUGCGGAGCUAUACGCCGAAGCCUAUCCGGAUCGGGGCAUGUACGAACCACCGAGACGCCCGUAUGCUAACAAUAAGGUUUGACAAGAUCGACGCCAAACACGAGAUCACCACCGCAACCAAUUGCAACCAACAGCCACCACCGUACGCCGAUACCGUCGGUACAGUCCGCAGUUUCGCUACAGCUGUUGGAAAUAAUUGUCCCACUUUGUUCCCAGUUACCAUACUCUGUCUUCUUCAUUAAUUUUUUUUAAACCAACGACAGCUGUGCUAUUGAUUUCGUUGACGAUUUCAUACAGCAAACACCCCCUCCCAAUAGAAUCACUUUGCAAGGAGAAGGUGAGGGUAUGCGAGUUGAACACGGAUGCGCCAACGAAUGAAGGUAUAUGGGUCCGCGCGUAUUGCUCCAGCGGCCAUUGGUUCACAUCCACCUUCUGUUUGCUUAUUUUUGUACGAGAUAGAGUAACAGUAGAAUCGUUUACUUAUAAAUUGAAAACUAGAACACUAAUGCCGCAUCAAGGAUGUUGAAUAGAUUUCAAACAACAAGAAGAGAAGAGAGAAAGAUGUACUGCAAGCGAAUAGUAGGUAGGGGCCGUUAGAUCAAACCUUAGGACGCAACAGAAUACUUGCUGUAAUAUACUACUCUCCCCAAUAUGAUUUUAUGCGGUCGCAA